CACCAAAGGUCCAGUUCGAGAGGGUCACGUGAUCAGAACUUGUGAACAUUAAUAAAUUAUUGAAAAAAUGGUUUUAUCAGAAUCAUACAUAAUUACUAAUCUACGGAAACAAUAAAUGAAGAGUGGUAAAUGGGUUUGGUGAUCCUGAUAUGGCAAUUUGCCGAAAAUUAAUAUGAAACCCAGAGUCUAUCAGUCAGUAAAGUGAAAGAAUCUUCGAUGAUUUAUAAGAAUUUGAUGCAAAUGAUGGACGUGGUUUAACGUGGCCUCCUUACGCUAGAUGCAAACGUCGUCUAACUCAGUUGAUUGUCCUAGCAACAGAAACGCGGCCAAAAUAAUAAUUUGAAUUUAACAAACUUUAUUGAGUGCUUGAACACGAAAGAACGUGGAUGAGAUGAUAUCACAAUCGUCACUAAGAACAAAUGCGUCAACUGCAUCAUAAUGUGAUCUAGAACGAGAUUCAUGGGUCUAUAUAUGUAUACCCACAAAGAUCUUUCUGAGAACAAACAGCACUAGAAUGGUACUAUCAUGUGGCAGCUGCAACGACACUUAUUAGAUGUACAAAAAAAAAAUAACCAUCUGGAUAAGUGGGUCGAGCGUUUGCUAAUCUUUACUGGAGCACUGGUUCCAUCUAACGUUUUUCUUGCAGUUUUUAUUCUCAAAAAAGUAAAGAUUGUUUAUAGGCUGAUAGAAAAAAAAUUAUUUCACGGAGAAAAUGUCAUCAAAUUUUAGUUUAAUUUUUAAUUUAAUUUGAGCAAUUCCAUUUGGACUAACAAUCAGUUGACGAUUUUCUAACAAAAGUGAUUUGACAAUGAACACCAGUUAUCUAUUCUCUGAGAUUGAUUUGAUUGAACGAAAUUGUAUUGUUGUUUCAUUCACAUCAAAAAAUAAUGUAAAACACUCAGAUGAAAUAGUUUACCUUAUAGCAUCGUCAAGACAACAAUGAUUCCUAAUUUUAGAGUAUCUCAAUAGAACACAGAAAACCAGAAAUCUACUGCCUUUUACUGAACGUACUUUGUUAACCAUUUUGAGAAAAUGAACUAAAAAAUGAUGGAAAGUAUAAUCUAAAUAUUACACAAUUUUAUAACAAAUUUGAUACAUUUUUCUAUUAAAUUUUGUCAUUCUUGGUGAUUGCAACUUCUCAACUGUCAGAAAAAUCAUUUUUGGAAGUUGAGGGUUUCCUCACAAUACAAGAAAUACUACAUUGACUACUAUUCAUGAUUUUUGUGGAAAAUAAAAAAUAAUAGCAAUGUUAAAAGCGUGUUAGGAAUUUUUCGUCGAGAACAGUAAUAACGGCGAACAUAAAUAAUUUAAAUUAUGCAGUUUUUUUAUUAAAAAAAAAGAUAAUUUUCGUUGAUCGUGAAUAGAUGUCUUCUGGUGUCCGACCCUAUAAAGAUCUCUUAGAUCAAAGGAAUGUCAAAUAAUUUUUUCGGUCAACUCCAAUUGUUUAUAAAAUAUUUUGAUGAUUAUUUUUUAAAUAGAUUUUUUAAUUUUAAUACACAGAUAAUAUUCAAUUUUCUUCUGUCAAUUCAAUCAAUUUUCCUCAAAUCAGUUGAUUCCUCUCCGUGAAAUAUCUUCACGUGAAGAAUGUCAAUUAAUCUCCAGCGUGAAUUUUCUUUUUCAUUGUCCGGAGUCCCAGUUAGCGUUGAAAAGUGAUGUUUUUGCCCCAAUCACUAAGUGACCACUUGAUAAAUGCAAUAUAGUACUCAUCUACAUGUGAGGUGAAGGAAGAAAUGGUGAAGCGAUUUGCAAAGGGAAGAAAGUGGGAGGCUACAGAUGACCUAAGGAGACGAGUGACAAUCCUUCCCUGUCUCCAAAGUUUAACUUCUAAAGACAUGCUGAUUGUCACAAGUUUAGUCGCCUUCAGCCCAUGUUGAAGGGUGGUUGGCUCAGAGAGACCAUCUUUCGAAAAAAAUGCGGAAACCAAGUGUUCGAAUUUUGGGAUUCAUUCUGAUUAUUAACGUCUUACUUACGAAUGCUGGAAAAACCAGGCGAAUCAGGUCUAGGAACAAUAGUCAGCAGCAAGAUCAGGCACCUCCUGUAGACUAUGAUGAGUAUUACGACAAUUAUGCAGAUUACGAAGAUACUGCAAAUGAUACAACAACUGCCACUGCAUCAACGACGAACAGAGGAAAUGAGGAAAUAGGUCGUGAGAGAACAACUGAGUUCCCGGAGGCAACGACAUUUUCAUCUCCAGUGGAACGAAUAUUUAAUGACACAGACUCAUUGGCGACGGAGAUGACGCCUGGGGAAAGUAAUCGAAUAAAUUCUAUUGCAGAAUUACGUGGCCAACAAGGACGGCCCGGAGAAGAUGGUCAACCUGGAAUGGCCGGAACACCAGGUUCUCCUGGAAUGCCAGGUGCUCCAGGGCUUCCAGGACCUGUACCUGAUAUGUCUUUAUAUUAUCAACAAUUGGCGAUGGCUCAGGCAAGCGAUGACAAAGGUCCCAUCGACGGAGCUUCACCUCUCUAUAAUCCAUUGAGUUAUUUGCAAGCGCCGGUCGGUCCAGUUGGUCCCAGAGGACCACCAGGACCAGCUGGGACGCCAGGAUUACAAGGCUUACAGGGUCCCCGUGGUGAGACAGGGGAUUCAGGCUUACCGGGUCUACCGGGUCCUCAAGGAGCCAGAGGAUUGCCUGGAUUUCCUGGCAAAGACGGUGAACCAGGUGAUGACGGAGAAACAGGUCAACCAGGUAGUCAAGGUCUCCGGGGUUCGCGAGGAUUGCCAGGUUUACCAGGAAUUCCAGGAGCUAAAGGGCAUCAGGGUUUACCAGGAUUGGACGGUGCCAAGGGUGAGCAAGGUGCUGCUGGUGACAAAGGCGAUGUUGGCAGUUCUGGGCCUGCAGGACUAAUGGGACCUCCGGGUCAAGCAGGCCCCAGGGGCGAGAAAGGAAGGGAAGGGGCUCAGGGACCACCUGGAGUUCGUGGUAUUGACGGCGCCAACGGACAACCUGGUCAACCAGGUCCUGCUGGUAAAAUCGGUUCUCCUGGAUUUCCUGGCUUAUCUGGAAUGAAGGGCGACCAGGGAUUCCCCGGCCUUAAAGGCAGUCAAGGAUAUCCGGGCCAGAAGGGUGAGCCGGGCCGAAAUGGUGAGCCUGGAGAGACCGGUGCAGAAGGUCUUCCUGGGAAAGACGGAGUUCCGGGUGAAAAAGGACUCGCUGGAAUUCCAGGAUUGGUCGGUCUUCCAGGAUUUCCAGGUGCUAGAGGAUUACCAGGUAUACCUGGGACCCCUGGGCUUAUGGGUGCCAAAGGCUUUCCCGGGAUUCCCGGAGAGAGAGGAUUUAGAGGAGACACUGGGAUGAAAGGGGACUUUGGACCUCCCGGACCGCGAGGACAACCAGGAGCUCCUGGAAAUGACGGUAAGCGUGGGAAGAGAGGCCCACGAGGACCCGCAGGUACGACGGGACUCCCGGGGUCCCAGGGCAUCGUCGGAGAGCGGGGAUUGCCGGGGUUGCCUGGUCCGUCUGGAGUUCCAGGACCUAGAGGAUUGCGCGGUCUGCCGGGCGAGGUGGGGUCACCCGGAAGACCUGGUGCAGAGGGGAAAUCUGGUCCCCCUGGGCUCACAGGACUACCGGGAUCACAGGGUGUACCAGGAGAGAUCGGCUCCGAAGGGCCCAUCGGAAAGACGGGACCGCCCGGUUUGAGUGGUCGACCCGGUGAUAAAGGACCUCCAGGUUCAACUGGCUUACAAGGAGAAUCCGGAAAUCCGGGACAGCCAGGUUCCGCUGGGCCAAUGGGUCCCAUGGGUCUCACUGGCGAUCGAGGGCCCAAAGGAGAAUCUGGUAUUCGCGGUGCUGAUGGGCCUCAAGGGCCGAAAGGAAGACCCGGUUUGCCUGGAAGUGAGGGGCCCAAAGGGGAUCGAGGACUGGAGGGCCCGAAAGGUUCUAAGGGCCAUCGAGGGUUGAUGGGCCUCCAAGGAUUACCUGGAAUACCAGGUGCCAUUGGGGAGAAAGGAAUGAUGGGACUAUCUGGACUACCGGGUAAAGAUGGUAUCAUUGGGUUAAGGGGUCCACCCGGCCGCGAUGGUAGCCCUGGUCCAAUCGGCCUUGUUGGGAAUCCCGGCCCACCUGGAAUAGCUGGGGAAGAUGGACGACAUGGACCACCAGGCCCUCCCGGGCCUGCAGGACCACCGGGCCCACCAGGAGAAGGAAAUUUUGGAUAUGAUGCGGCUUCAUUAGCAGCUCUCAUGAUGCAAGGACAAACCAAAGGGCCCGACUCAAUGAUAGGAGAUGAGCCUAUGAGGCUUUUUGGUAAAGAGAUGACCAAAGAUGAACAGAACAAGCUCUUCACCAAAGCAUACGAGCAAUUCAAGUCAAUAGUCCAGAAUGUUGUUGAGCCCGAUGGGAACGAGAAUACCCCAGCUCGGACUUGCAAAGAUUUAUUCAAUUCACAUCCAGAUAAACCGUCAGGCGAGUACUGGAUCGAUCCAAAUGGCGGCGAUAUUCGCGAUGCAAUUCUCGUUCAUUGCGAUCAGACAAAACGUGCCACGUGUAUCUUCGCUAGUCCGUCGAGGACCAAAGAAAUUAAUUACCUUGAUCAACAUCUUGGUAACGGAAUUUGGCUCAGUGAAAUGGAGGAUGGUAUGAAGAUAACUUACAAGGCCGAUAGCAAUCAAAUUGGAAUGCUCCAAUUAUUAUCGACUCAUGCGGAGCAGAACUUGACGUACCAUUGUAAGAAUAGUAUUGCUUAUUACGAUGAGGAACACAAAACACAUAGGCGUGGACUGAAAUUACUCGCUUGGAAUGACGUUGAGUUGACACCAAGGGGCAAUCAACGAUUACGAUACGAUGCAGCAGUCGAUGGAUGCAAGGACCGUGGAAGUGAAUGGGCUACAACGGAAAUCACAUAUAACACGGAUAAACCCACACGCCUACCUGUGGUUGAUAUUGCAUUCAGAGACAUUGGCAAACCUGAACAAAAAUUUUGGAUCGAGAUAAAAUCCGUCUGCUAUCGAUAACUGUACCUGGACGAUUCUUCCAAAUAUCUCGAAUUUAUACAAAGUGAUGGUGAUGAUUGCAAAAUUAUAACUGGAGUUCUCUUCACAACUGAAGUUCCAAAUGAAGACUAAAAAGGUGACAUGAUUAGAAUGGGAAAGAGUUGAGCAGAAGAGGCUAAAUAAAUACGUGUUCUUCUCUGUUAAUUAAAUUUUUUCACACAUAAAUCUUUGUUAUGAAUAUUUAUUUACAUAAAUAUCGUCUCUCAAAAGAUCAUCGACUAGUGGUCCAUCAACAAUCGCCAGCCAACGCUCGAGGGAAUAAGUUUUUGUUAAAACUGCAGCGAAUAGUUAUACCGAGAGCUCGAGUUAGGGUCUGCGAUUACAGCUGCUAGUUUCAGGGAUACAUAUUCUCUUGAUCAAAUUGGAGCAUAAUGACAAUGCAAGUCACCAUCGAGCAGA